AACCUCCUUCUCCUGUUCUUUGUCUCGCGAGUUUAUGUAAAUAUAUUCUUCACCACCCGACGCCCCAGUGAGCUGCGGGAUAGUGGCAGUAUAAAGUAUAUCCUCCCUCGGAAAGAGAUAAGACGCCAAGGCAGGAGGGAGAUGAAGAUGGCGGACGCCAAGCAGAAGCGGAACGAGCAGCUAAAACGGUGGCUGGGCUCGGACACUGACCUCGAGCCGCCCGUCCUCAAGAAAAAGAAGAGCAAAGUGAAGUUCGACGAUGGCGCCGUUUUCUUGGCUGCUUGUUCAAGCGGCGACAGCGAUGAGGUUCUCAAACUGCUGGACCGGGGCGCUGACAUCAACUACGCGAAUGUGGACGGACUCACCGCCCUCCAUCAGGCCUGCAUAGAUGACAAUAUAGAAAUGGUGACAUUUCUGGUCGAAAAUGGGGCAAUUAUCAACCAGCCCGAUAACGAAGGCUGGAUUCCGCUGCAUGCAGCUGCUUCCUGUGGAUAUCUUGAUAUAGCUGAGUAUUUAAUUCGUCAAGGGGCUGAUGUAGGUGUUGUCAACAGUGAAGGGGAGACUCCGCUAGACAUUGCUGAGGAAGAAGCAAUGGAGGAGCUUCUGCAAAAUGAAGUGAAUCGCCAAGGGGUGGAUAUAGAAGCUGUCCGGAAAGAGGAGGAAAGGAUUAUGCUUCGUGAUGCACACCAGUGGUUAAACAGUGGCCAGAUCAAUGAUGUCAGGCAUGCCAAAUCUGGGGGCACUGCAUUGCAUGUGGCUGCUGCAAAGAGUUAUGUAGAGGUUUUAAAGCUUUUAAUCCAGGCAGGGUAUGAUGUAAAUAUUAAAGAUUAUGACGGUUGGACGCCACUCCAUGCUGCUUCACACUGGGGCAAAGAGGAAGCUUGCCGUGUUUUAGUAGAAAAUCUAUGUGAUAUGGACACUGUCAACAAAGUGGGUCAAACAGCCUUUGAUGUAGCAGAUGAAGAUGUCCUUGGUUACUUAGAAGAAUUACAAAAGAAGCAAAAAUUGCUACUUAGCGAGAAACAGGAUAAGAAGUCUCCUUUGAUUGAGACAACGACAACAACGGAGAACAACCAGUCGCUUAAACCAGUCAAGAAUAAAGAGACUCUCCUCACCGAGCAGGAGAAGAGCAUGCCCCGCAUCGAGUCUCUGGAGCAGGAGAAAGCAGACGAGGUAGAGGAGGGGAAGAAGGAUGAGUCCAGCUGCUCCAGUGAAGAGGAAGAGGAGGAGGACUCUGAGUCCGAAACAGAAGCAGAAAAAAGCAAAACUUCUGAGCCUACAAAUAGUACCGCAACACAGCCAUCCAGCGUGACGGUAUCUUCUCCAACAAUACCUACAAAUCAGGUUACACCAACAUCACCUGUCAAGAAGUUUGCUCCUCCUGCUGGCAAGGUCUCUCCAAAAGAGGAGGAGAGGAAAGACGAAUCACCUGCCUCCUGGAGGUCUGGUCUACGGAAGACUGGCAGCUAUGGGGCACUGGCUGAGAUCACAGCAGCAAAGGAGGCUCAGAAAGAGAAGGAAACUACUGGGGUGAUUCGGUCGGCUUCUAGUCCUAGACUUUCUUCCACCUUGGACAACAAGGAUAAAGAUAACAAAGGAACCAGACUUGCUUAUGUGGCACCCACAAUACCAUCCAGAAGACUUGCUAGUACAUCAGACAUUGACGAAAAAGAAAACAGGGAUUCUGCUGCUAGUUUGGUACGUAGUGGGUCUUACACACGGCGAAGGUGGGAUGAUGACCUGAAGAACAAUGAAGGAUCAUCUUCCCAGAACAAAAUGCCAAGUUACCAGCGAAGCACUUCUUACUCACUAGCAAUAGGCAGAAGUAGCAGUGCGAGAGAAGUGCCAGCUAAGUCUUCAUCUGCCAUCAGCUUGGAUCCUAAUAACACUAAACCUUGGCAGCCCCCCUCGUCUCAGUACUCGUCUUACAGCAUUUAUAGAAGUGGAUCUUUUGGGAGAAGGCAGGACGACUUUAGUUCUAGUGUUCCAUCCACCACCACCUCGCCCUCAUCUGUUACCUCACCCACUGGCCUACAGAGAAGUCUGCUCUUCAGCUCAAGCACUAUUAGCAAAACCACCACAGCAACGGCUCCUUCAGGCUUAACAAGCAGUACCUCAAAUCGGUUGUGGUCUGAUGAAAGUGCGGAAAGGGAGAAAGAUUCUGGGCCAACAUCCUUGGCAGUCAUUCCUACCAUCAAUACUGCAGCUUCUACUAAUACUACCACCACAUCCACCACAUCCACCACUGGCACUGUACCCUCAGCCGAUGGCAGGGAGCGCCGCAGGUCGUACCUUACUCCUGUCCGAGAUGAAGAGUCGGAGUCGCAGAGGAGAGCCAGGUCCAGACAAGCGAGGCAGUCAAGAAGGUCCACUCAGGGUGUAACCCUAACUGAUCUCCAAGAAGCAGAAAAGACUAUUGGCCGUGGCCGUCCAAUUCGAACUCGGGAAGAGGAGAAGGAAAAGGAAGAAAAAGAGAAACAAGACAAAGAAAAACAAGAGGACAAGAGAGAAUCGGAGACACGAGAGGAUGAUUAUCGACCGCGACACCGGAGCUUUGAAGAGACUUAUCAACGUUACAGGCCAACAAGUGCUUCAACAGCAACUUCAUCUUCCACUUCCAACACAUCUAGCCCACUCAGUCGGCCUAACAGCCUGAUAGGCAUUACAUCUGCAUACCCCAGCUACUCUAGGACGUCAAGGGAAACUGAAAAAGAAGCUGAUAAAAAGGAGGAAGAGAAAGAAGGAGAAGAUAAGUCCCAAAUCAAAUCAAUACGUGACAGACGGAGACCCAGGGAAAAACGAAGGUCCACAGGCGUCUCCUUUUGGACACAGGAUAGUGAUGAAAAUUAUCAGGAACUGUCAGAUUCAGAAGAAGGAACAAACAGGAAUGAAACCCAGAGCGACAGACUUUCAAGGUAUGACUCUGGAUUGUCUAGCACGGCUAUUGAUCGUUAUGACCAUCUUAUUGGUCGCAGCAACAGUGAAGGUAGAAAACCAUAUUCUAGCAGGCUGGAAAGAGAAGAUACAGCCGACUACAAAAAGCUUUACGAACAGAUUCUAGGUGAAAAUGAGAAACUGAAGGCACAAUUACGCGACACAGACUUGCAGCUAGCAGACUUGAAAUUACAAUUGGAGAAGACAACACAGAGACAAGAACGGUUUGCUGACAGGUCGCUGUUGGAAAUGGAAAAAAGGGAAAGGCGGGUUCUCGAAAGGAGGAUAGCUGAGAUGGAAGAAGAACUAAAGAACCUACGUCAAGUAAAGCAGAUUCAGACUCUGAGGCAGUUAAAUGAGAGAUUGGUCGCUGAGAAUAGGGCUCUGACCAGAGUGGUGGCAAAGCUUUCAGAGUCCUGUAGUCAGCUGCAGGCUGUGGACUUGUAGCUCCCCCUCCCAUUCUUCAUUACCUCUACCCCGCCAUAGCCAGAUGCUACCAGACUUGAAAGCAGACAACCAGAGACUAAAGGAUGAAAAUGGAGCCUUGAUUAGAGUCAUAAGCAAACUUUCCAAGUAAACCAGUUUCUGCAGCAGCACAACUAAUGGUAUUGCACAGUAAUAUUAAUUGCAACAGACAUCAGCUACAAGGCUAAGAUCUCCUUUUCUUCCAUCUGCAGAAGCACCUGCCCCACAUCCCAUCCUAUUUUAUCAUCCAUUAACCCUAACUAGGUUAUUUUACUGAAACCUGCGGCUGCUGACAAGACUGAGUUUACAGUGAGAAAACAUUACAAGAAAAAUUAAGGCCAGGGACGCCUCGAAUAUUUAACCAAUAAGCCUUAGUUGUACAUAAACACUUGCAUCAAGCGCUCUCAGCUGUCACAGAAGAAGAGUUACUCAACACAAGAUUAACUGUGCCACAGAGCUUGCAUAUUUUUCUGUUUGUGUUUUUUUCAUCACCUGCUUAGAGGUGUUGUGUGCUGUGCUGUUCUUCUAACCACCCAUGUGCCAGAGGUAUUUCCCUAGUUGCUCAGUGUUCACUCAACUGUCCAGUCUGGAGAGCCCAAAUAAUGGAGGUUACUGCAAGGGUUGGUUAUGUUUUUUAAACAGAGGAAACCAUUUGUCUCGCCAUAUUGAACUGGUGGACUUGGUGGAACAUGAGCUUUCACUGUGUGCAAUAUGCAUUUAUUUCUUAUAAAAUGCUUUAAUGAGUCCAUUAAAAGUAGAAUUAUUUUGAUUUAUUUUCUGCCUUCACCAUUUUUUUUUUAGUUUGUAGCGUAAUUUUUGGAUUAUAUAUUGUAAUCUUCACUUCAUUUUAGCCGGUACUGAGUGAUGCUGUAUAUAUGUACUGUUUGAGUUUCAGACCACCACAUGGCAUGCAUUAUGCUUCCCUAUUUACAAAAAUAAAGUCUGUUACUAUUAAAUGUACAACUGCAGAAAUAGUGUGUUUUUAACUAAUUUCAAUUAUUUUAUAAUAUAAAUAUUGGAUAUCAUAGAGCUUAUUUAAAGAUAGCCUACAGAUUUUUUUUUUUUUUAAGUGUUCACAAUAAUAAAUGUGUGAAAGGGUAAUAAUAAUUGCUUCACUACAUUUCACACAGUGUAUCUUUGGAAGAGUGCUGUUUUUUAAUCUGAAGUACUAGCCAAAGCAUCACAGUGUUGGGUAUUCCUAACCCCAUCCUUUCACUUUACUGUCUACAUGCACUGUGUAAAUGCCAUGUGAAGAGUAUCAUGUCGGAACAUAUAUUUAUGCAUUUCGGUGGUCUUUUCAAUUAGCUAUAGUGAAUGAGACCAAUUGUCAGCAGCAUUUUUUUCUUUUUUCUUUUUUUUUCCCCAGUCAUGGCAUGUAAACAGAAGUGUGACUUCAUACUGGCACACAUUGUGCUGUAACCUAAAACCACUGAAGAGAUCAACCAUUAAAAGAAAUUGUACAUUGUAAGGCUUGCGGUAGCUAUUGUAUUAUCAUUGAUUAUAUUGUAUACUAUAUUAAAUGUGAAUUUAUACCCCCUUCAUAAAAAGCAAAACAAGGUCUUGGUGUUUAUUACCUAUUUUUAGUUUUAAACCUGGGCAAGUGUCCCUCUGUCUGUCUUAUUUGGUGAUUGGUUUUGUGUAGGUGUGAGGCCAUGCUCUUGCUACCAUGCUCAGGAUUUUUGAUUUCAAAGGUACAAGGAGAGUUUGAAGUCCCUCAUAUGGAUUGAUCUUGUGUGACUGGUUGAUUUAUGAUGAUCCAAAUGUUCACUGAGCAAUUGGGUAUUGCUAAAAGAGUAGAAGUUUGAAUGAUAGUGAACAAUGGGUUAACUGGUUACUCUCACUGUGAGAAUUACUAAAACCUUACAGAUUUUGUUAGUUUUGGGUGCAUGUGCAGAUUUAUCAAAGCUAAUUGUUUCUAAUAUUUUAGUGUUUUAUAUUUAGGUUAUUUAUUCUUUAUCUGAGAGUGAAGUGGCUACAGUGCUAUGAUUUUAUUGGUGGUAUCGAGCAGACCUUGUAUCCGCAUGAAACUAGUUGCUGAAACUCAGUUAUUUUGAAAAAUGUAUUUUGACAUACACAAAUAAAAACAAAUAAAGUUACAUUUAACGUGUCUUGUUGUGUUAAAGCUAGACUUCUAAUAAUCUUGCACAUGUACAAUGUUAUGUUUUCUAACUUGUCUAAGCCAGGUAUACAUUUAAGAAUAGCUACAGUAAGUAAAUGGUAAUAUGAUGUGUAAGGCACUUUUUUAUGUUGAAUGUGAUUAAUAUAUGGUGACUUACAAAUGUGUCCCAUUGAAGGGCCAUUGUGCAAAUCAAUGUUGAAAAGGUUUAAGUAAAACCAUUUCUGUUUUAAAAGGAAGGUUUAAGGUAUUGUUAAUAAUAUCCUUUGGUUUCUGAUUUAUUCUGCUGUGAAUUAAACCAGAGACAUUUGCUAUACCAGAAUUUUGACUUUUACCGGUAUUCCAUCUGCAGGUAGGAAGGACUUGGUCUUGAAAUACAAACCAAGUGCUUCUUUCUUCUUGGUGGGAUAUUUACCAGUAGGUAGAGUCCUGGAAAACACAAGCUACGUGUCUCUUCUGCUCAUUCAUUUGAAGUGUGCAUUUCUAUUUGUCAAGUAUUUGUGUUUGGAAGUGCCAGAAGUGUAUUAAAAAAAGCCCUGCAACACUUAACAAUUUCUGUCCACGUUACUUGUAACAAAGAUCUUGUCAGAGCAAAGAGCAUUUUUAUUAGGAAUAUAUAAUGCAUGCCAUGUGGAGCUACCCAUGCAACCUCUGGAAUUAAUCUGUUAGAAGAACUUGUUUUAAUUCGGCCAACUCUUCUAAUUGCAAUGAGACCAAAUCCUGAACCUCGGAAAAGAACAAUAUGCAGUAUAGAAUAAGAACAAUGUUGCACGCAGCGAGUGUUGAGAUGAACAAGCCAGCAGUUACUUAGCAUUUCAGAAGAAUGGGUAUGGUACUAAUAAAGCAUCCUUGCAGGGAGUACCACAUGUAUUUAUUUACUUCUUAACUUGCCACCACUCUUUCUACACUUCCUGUGGGUCAGCAAUGCUACAGUAACUGUCUUGUAUUGUGCAUUAUAAAUAUGUAUUAAAUGAACUUGUAUAAAUA